AUGGCAGCUGUUCCCAACACAAGCUCGUCUAUCCCUCCUGCAGCUGCUCCCAUGGCUUCUGUUGUGACUGCUCUUCCUUCUGUUGUGACUGUUGUGGAUGAUGAUGAUGAUGUGUAUGAUGCAAUUGCAGAAGGUUGUAUGCUCAACGCUUACAAGUGCGUAUACUUCAAUGUCCCAUUGUCCAGUGAUGCUGCACAGCCUCUGUACUAUGUCACAAGGGGCCAUAAGAUCAGUGUGUUCUUGGGAUGGGGCAAUGUUGGUCUCAAGGUCUUGGGUGUGAGCCGCACCAUUUUUGGUAGUGUGGAGAAUAUUGAUCAGGGCAUUGAGGCUCUCAUAGCUGCGAUUGAUGCUGGCACUGCUGUGCAGGUGUAA